CGGCCCGGACCUGUGUACGGAAACCAGCGGCCGCCAUCUCUGGAAACUACAAGUCAGCUGCCGAUUGGCUGUUCAUCAUAGCUUCAUGGCUAACGUCGCCAGGAGUCUUUAGAGAACACUUCACUUGUCGGCGAACUGUUGAAAGAAUCUGAAACUGUGCGUCAGCGACUGGCUGAAAGAUGAAGCUUGUGCUUGUGGUCGACGCUCUUUGUGUGUUUUGUUUAGUGCUGCUGAGCCAAGUGACAGCGAAGAACUCUGAAGACAUCCGCUGUAAAUGUAUCUGUCCGCCAUACAGAGACAUCGAAGGGCAGAUUUACAAACAAAAUGUCUCUCUUAAAGACUGUAACUGUCUCCACGUAGUUGAACCGAUGCCGGUGGAUGGAAAAGAUGUGGAGGCGUACUGUCUACGCUGUGAGUGUAAAUAUGAGGAGAGGAGCUCGGGGACCAUCAAGGUUACCAUCAUAAUUUACCUCUCCAUUUUGGGCCUGCUGCUGCUCUACAUGGUCUACCUGACUCUCCUGGAGCCCAUGUUGAAGAGACGUCUGUUUGGACACUCGCAGCUCAUCCAAAGCGACGAUGACGUUGGGGACCAGCAGCCUUUUGCCAACGCUCACAACGUCCUGUCCCGCUCACACUCCCGGCCCAACAUGCUGAACAAAGUGGAGCACGCCCAGCAGCGCUGGAGGAGGCAGGUCCAGGAACAGAGGAAGUCUGUCUUUGAUCGCCAUGUUGUUCUCAGCUAAAACACCCCGCAGGUGCCUGGUGGGGCAACAAACAAAACAAACACAAAACAAAACAAAACAGAAAAAAACACUGUGACUGAUCCUUCAGAUUUUAUCACUUCUUUCCUCUCAUUUGUGGUUCAAAUCUCAUCACAUGUGGUGCAUCUGAGGUGAUCGUGGAGGAGAAACGUGGACAUUUAGAGCCGAAGUUUCUGGCUGAAGCACAAUCAAAGCUGGAAACUGGCAUUUAGUCUGCAGGCAGCACAAGAUAUUACAGUGAAUUCAUUUUUGCACAACUUUGAAUAAAACGGAAAAAGAAUGAAGAAAAAGUAGAAUUUACCCUUUUGACCAAUAAAUGUGAGUCCCCUAUAGAUCUCAAAGUGGACCGCAGAGUAAAUGUUUGACGCCGCUCGUCAUAGCUUUACCACAGGAGCGGUUUGCUGCACUGACGGUGUGUCAGCGCUGAGCUGGACGGUGUUUCCCCCCCCUCGGUAUGAACGUGACGGAACUACUGCGCUCCUCCCUAUGAAACACUCAUCGCUCAGCCUUCUUUUGAAAGUGCAUGUUUUA